AUUUCAAGAAGUCCCAAAUGAGCUAACCUGCUCAUCUCCACCAAAGAAGCUAUUGAAGGGUCGAAAUAUCUGCGGAAGGGUUUAUCGGCGCCGACGAAGGUUUACGCUGUUGAUUUCAGACCGUAUCCUUUCUUGCUCGCUAUUAAUGUGUAAUCACCCAACACUGUAGUGCUCUAUGUGUUAUCUUCCCUGCGAUUCUGCAUAAGAACUUUUAAAGUUUCCAUGGAGCCCCAAUUCUUAGUUUCCUCGCAUAUAGCUUCUCCUGCAAUUAGUGCUCUUCCACUUGUGUCGUAUAACUCGUCGCUGCUCCAAAGGCCCAAGCCUUGUUACUCCGCCUUAAGCUUAUCGUAUUCGUCGGAGAAGUUGCAGAGGACUCCUUUUUUGGGGCAAAGUUUAGGUUUAGCAGAAAAGAUUAAAUCUAGCAGUCAUGGGAGACCUCGUUAUCCUGUAAUUACGGCCGGUGGUGCUGUGAAGAGGAGGAAAGAGCUUCCCUUCGAUAAUGUGAUCCAAAGGGAUAAGAAGCUGAAACUGGUUUUGAAGAUUAGGAAGAUUUUGAUGAGCCAGCCGGAUAGAGCUAUGGCACUUCGUGAUUUGGGGAGGUUUAGGAGAGCAUUGGGGCUGGAGAAACGGCGGCGGUUUAUUGCGCUGCUGAGGAAGUUUCCGGGGGUGUUCGAAAUUGUGGAAGAGGGGGCGUAUUUAUUGAAGUUCAAGUUGACGUCGGAAGCAGAGAGGCUUUACCUUGAGGAGAUGAAGAUUAGGAACGAAAUGGAGGAGUUGUUGGUUGUUAAGUUGAGGAAAUUGUUGAUGAUGUCAAUCGAUAAGCGGAUUCUUUUGGAGAAGAUAGCACACUUGAGGACUGAUUUGGGGCUUCCGGCGGAGUUUCGCGACACUAUAUGUCAUCGAUACCCGCAGUAUUUCAAGGUCGUCGCAACGGGGCGAGGUCCGGCAUUAGAGUUGAGUCAUUGGGAUCCCGAGCUUGCUGUGUCUGCAGCAGAGCUUGCGGAAGAGGAGAAUCGUGAGCGGGAGAUGGAAGAGAGGAAUUUGAUAAUUGACCGGGCCCCAAGAUUUAAUCGAGUUAAGCUACCGAAAGGGCUUAGUCUUUCCAAAGGUGAGAUGAGGAGGAUUUGUCGGUUUAGAGAUAUGCCCUACAUUUCGCCUUAUUCUGAAUUUUCAGAGCUGAGGUCUGGUUCAGCUGAAAAGGAGAAACAUGCUUGUGGUGUUGUUCAUGAGAUUUUAAGCCUUACACUCGAGAAGAGGACGCUUGUGGAUCAUUUGACCCAUUUUCGAGAGGAGUUUAGAUUCUCUCAACAGCUUAGGGGGAUGUUGAUACGGCAUCCUGAUAUGUUCUAUGUGUCGCAGAAGGGGGAUAGAGAUUCGGUUUUCCUCCGGGAAGCCUAUCGUGAUUCGCAGUUGAUAGAAAAGGACAAGAUGUUGUUAAUCAAGGAGAGGCUUCGUGCAUUAGUAAAUGUCCCGAAGUUUGGUAGGAGAAAUGCUCUGAGAAACAAUUCUGAUGAAGCGAAUGGAACUGGGCAAGCGGAUGAAUCAGGUGAAGAUGAGGAUGAUGAUGAUGAAUGGUCGGAUAUCAAUAAUCUAGAAAGUGAUGGUGGAGAUGACAAAGAUGAGAACUCUGAUGACGAAUGGAACAGCGAUGAUUUUGACGAUGAUGGUGAGUAUGAUCUGCCUCCAGACUUCAACGAUGAAAAUUACGAUUCCUUGCUGAGUUUCCAAGUUAGCAAACCAACUGAGCAAGCUAAUGGCUCGACGAAGGGCGAUGAAGUUCUUGAACCUGUAUUUCCAGAUGGCCGUCCAAGAGAACGCUGGUGAAACUGUAAAGAGAAUAACAGGAGAUGUCGGGAUGCGCGAGCAACCAGGAUACAGUCUGUUCUCUCUUCCUCAAAGGUUUCUGGUGGCGGCAGCAAUCUACACAUAUAUAUAUAUGUAUGUAUGUAUGUAUGUAGAUACGAGAAACCUUUGAAGGGGGGAACAGAAUACGUCUUGGUAUGGAAGUGUAUGUCGACGAUGUUUGUGGUUAGAGGUGAGUACUGUUCCAUCCAAUGCUCUAUGGUUUUAGUUAUUAUUGUUAUCAUUACUUGUUAGAGUGUUAAGAGGGAAGUAAGUUUAAGUUUAUUCAGUGUAAUUGCCAAAGAUAAACCAUAUCCAUAUUAAUCAGAAAUAUGAAAUCCCAUGAAUCAAGCUCUUUGGAUUACA